AUUGCCGUUAAUAUACGCCUUAGUAAUUCUAGUCAAUUCUUUCAGGUUAGUUUGUCCCGACUGAAAGAAUCUGUCGCACCGUCUGAUUUGGAUAAAAAUGCGGAAACCCUAUUGGAGGAAUAUUAUCCCUUCGCUACCGUUCUACGUUUUAGAGUACUGCAGAUCGUUUGUGGUAUUUCAUUUUUAAUUGUGGGAACGGUCGCUUUCAUUGAAGAGAGGGGAGAAAUAAAUUUGUCUUUAGGAAUUCCCGCUGGAGGAUCAACCAUAGUUGCUGCAGCUGCUAGCAUCCAUACUACGAGAGGGUUUGGGGGCUACAAGCCGUCGACCUGCCAUCCAAAUUCCUUAUUUCGAUUUCUUGGACCAUCCAUACGCAUCGCAGUACUUGUUAUAGUACUAUGGGGUUCAGCUUGCUUAUUUGUCACCGCCCUUGUGGUUCAGUCAGUGAGGACCAUUACUGGUACACAUAAUUACGAAGUGUUUGAUAAUUUCGUGCAAGAAAAUGCAAUGGAUAUAACUAUUUUAGCUAUUGUCGAGCUCUCAUUAUCGAUAGUUACAUUGCUAUCUGUCAGUCUAUUAGCUCGAAUUGACUGCAAGUAUGAUCCCGACUGAUCUAUAAGUAACGCUGACUCUCAUACCACCGGGGCGGGAGUUAGUGUUAUUGGUGGAGUUGGUGGAUUUUCCAUUCCAACAACAACCUCAUCAAACGAGCGUGCAAGUAAAGUUGCAUGGGUUGUUUAAACUCUACAUACACCCAGAUAUCUUUAUUGAUUUCAGCAGCACAAAUACAUUUGUCACAAAUCCCUAUGUACUUACCACGGUUUUCCUAAUACUAACUAGUAAAGGUCGAUUUUUACCGUUAAAUCUACCUGAACGUGAAAGAUCGACCCCAAGUGUAAAAUAUGUGUACUAUGUACGUACGUAUAUGAAUAGCAUAUCUUGUAAUUUCUAAGAUGUAUUUCAAUAUGGACCAUUAACGACCUUUUUUACGUUAUAUAAUUAUCUAAUUUAACUACUAAUUUAUUAUUUAGGAAACUUAUUAGUGUUGUAAAUAUAAUUGUAAAGACUUUUUAACAUAAA